AUGGAGAUCACAGAGGACGAAGAUCAACAGAAUGGGAAAAAAGAACCAACAUCUACUAAAGCUGACGAAACAAAAGUAACUGAGACACAGCUCGUUGAAGAAACUGAUCCAAAUUUGAAAUAUGUGAAACCAGACAAUUCCGAAGAUUCGGAAGAACGGGGCAACUCUGAAAAACCAGUUGCUGGGAAACCUGAUGCUGAAAAACCUGAUGAUGAAAACCCUGUUGCUGGGAAACCUGAUGGUGAAAAGCUUAAUGCUGAAAAGCUUGAUGCUGAAAAACCUGAUGGUGAAAGACCUGAUGGUGAAAAACCUGAUGGUGAAAAACUAGCUGAUACUAAAAAACCUAAUGGGAAAACAAAAAAUGAUUCAGAUGAUGGUAUGAAUUACGUAUAAUAUUGUACCAAAAUACAAGGCAAAUAAUAUCAAUGGUCCAUAAUUAUAAGCAUUCUUAAAAACAUUAUAAAACAUGAAACUUUGACAGAAUUCUGAAUUUGUGUCUUUUCAAAAUUAUUUUACAUUCGAAGGUGCCAGCUCAGUAAAACCUGAUGCCGGAAAAUCUGAUGAAAAUUUGCCUAAUGACCCAAAGAAUGGUAUGAAAGGCUAUUUUGCUGCUGUAUACAGUUAUUUCAAUUAAGGUUGUCAAUUACCGACAAUAGUCAAAUAUACAAUAUGAGCGCUAAAAGAAUGGUGGAAAUAAUCAUAGUUUUAAAUAAGUUUAGCAUAUUAGUAGCUUUAAUAGCGACAACUCGCAAUGCAAUAGUUUCAGAACAAUCAUAAAUUUUGCACACCUCAUUUGCAUUGCGAGCUGUCGCUGAAAGUAUUCACACAAGGCUACCGAUAUGCUAAACUUAUUUACAACUACAAUUAUUCCCAUCAUUCUUUUAGCGCUCAUAUUGUACAUCUGCUCUAUUGUCAGUGACAACCUUAAUUGAAAUAACUGUAGAACUCGUAUAUCAUUUACAUGUUUAAUAACGUCUUGUGAAAAAGAAAACGUCUUCCGUCAAAACACGCCAUUCAUUCAACUAUUCAUUCAUUGAUAUCAACCUUUCAACUUUAUAAAUACUCCCUCAAAUUGGAGCAAUAAUUCAAAUUAAGUAUUUUCCACAUAUUUUUUUUUAAAUGGUCGGUAAGUUGGGUAAUGGUCAGUUUCAAAACCAGUGCGAAAAGCGGUCUAGUCCAAAUUAAAUAUUUUAAAGUCUCAAAAAACGUCACAACGGAAAAUUCAACGACCCAACACCGUCUAGUGCAGAAAAUUGCUCAUAAUCGAAAUAGGAGAUGGUAUUACUAAAGUUGUGCGCUCUGCUCUUGCUCUGGCGCGUCGAGGAAUUUUGGAGUAGCAGUCCCUCCCCGGUUGGAAAUAUCCUCGGUACGCCAUUGUUAUAUUUUAUAAUACCAUGGCAACCAUUGAUCACCAUGCAUGUAAAUACAGCUUACCCCCAAAGUAUUAUACAACUGAUACAUCAUUUGCAUGCCUAUGAUAAUAAUAUAUUAAUAUUAAUACAAGCGAUUACUGCAUGUACAUAUAGGCCUAAUUGUAGUUAGUAUCAUUUUUUCAAUUUUUUCAUUUUUUAAAAUAUGUCAAAUGCACCCUGUCAUUAAUCAUUAUGUUAUUUUUCAAUGCAAAUACAAAUAAUUAAAAAAGUGUUUCGUACUAUUAGAGUUUAGCAGCAAUAGUUCAUCACUUGCAAGUAUAUACCUGCUAUUAGGCAUAAUAAUAACUCUUGUUUACCUGUCAAAACAUCAGUUGUAAUGAAAUUCUAACAAUCAGUUCGGUGGAGGGAGCUUUAUCAGAAUCUUAACUCAACAAACUCGAAUUAAGAUACUUGAUCGAGAUGAGACUUCCAUUAUGGUCCAGAGUUUGAAAAUCCAGGAUUUAGAUGGAGAUGGUAUAAAAUAUGAUUUUAAAAUGGAAUAAACCACAUUCGUACGCAUUUCUAAAAGGAUAUUUCUUUCCCUUGUACAAGGAAGCAGACAUUCAUGCCCGACAUCGUUUGCGUGCAGCUGGUCGUCCAUGUCAAAUAUUGGCUAAAUAUAAUUAAACUCUUAUGGGGGAUUUUGUACAGUUAACAUUAAUUUUAGAAUAGUUCAUCUUAUGCAUGCUAGUCCUAUAUAUAAGAUUCACAAAGUUUGGACCACGUGGGGAUAAUCUUUUUUUUAAUUUACAUUUAAAUAUAAAUGCCACAAUAUCUCCACAUGAGAACAAUUAUUUUCCUAUUGUAUUAUUCUGUCUGUGGUAAUAAAUAUAAAGAUGGAAGACAGACGUUAUCGAAGAUUAGUAUUUGCAUAAUAAUUAUAUAAUUAUCGACAGCGUGUGCUGUAAAUUAUCAGCGUACAUUUCAUUAUAUUUUUACUGUAUUGUAUAAAGCCAGCUGGUUUUAUGUUUUGCGCGCUUACAACACAAAUAACUAUGUUCUAUUUUUCAUUUCUUAAACGUAGUAAAACCUGAAAACCCUUCUGGUAGGGAGUGUCUUGGAGAGCAUUCACUUCCCGAAUCAAAGAGAGGGAAUGGUGAACCAGAACGUAAAGACCAAUCUUCAGAGGCUUUAAAAACAUCUACAACAUGCAAUAUCACACACACACACACACACACACACACACACACACAGGACAAAAACUUCAGCACUUACAUUACAGGAUCAAAAUCCUGGACUGACUUAAGUACACAACCUACUUCAGCCUAUACUUUAACACGAGCUCGAACAGUCGAUAAUCAUACACUAACCGAUGAUGAAUUAACAUCCGCAGACCAAGUCCCUGAUUAUAUUUUGAAAACAUUAAUGAUAGUUAAUUACCAUGCACGAGAGUUUAAAUUAAAACCUUCAACUUCAGAGGUAGAUGAGAAUAAUUAUGAUUCGGAUAAGGAUGAUGACGAUGAUGAUAAAGAUGUUGAAGGUGGGGUCAAUCCGAUGGAUGGAUUACUCUGGAUUUUUCAUUGCUCUGAUGAUUUUUUGCGGCGAGAUCUUGCCAUACAAUUGUCUGAAUGUCAACUUGGCGUUCCGUUUCUUCUGCCAGAUCCUGCGGCACCAUCUGAAAACGUCACAAUUUUGCUGUCGGCUUUGGAACGUAUCACCAAAUCUUGGAAAGAUGGGUCCGAUGAAAAAGAUGGCGCUUCGCAAGUGUUUGCGACGGAGCAUCCAUUUCCAUUGGUUUCAUUCAUCCGCGUUGGCAAACCUACGAUGUCGAAAUCAUCCUUGAUGCCUUGA